GGAAUCGGUUUACCGGGUCACGCUUAUUUGGGGGGAAAGUGGUCGCGUAUCACUUGUGGUUUUCCAUUUAUAUAUUUAUUUAUGUGGGGUUUUUUGUUUGUUUAUUUUUUGCCAAACGUGUUGAUCAACAGAAACAACACGCCAAGCGAUGUGACCUUUGAUAACUCGACCGCAUGGGCACCGUAACCCCACUGACGGGCGGCUGAAGAUGUUCUCGGCGGCGAUGGCGAGAAUAGGAAGACAGGACGCGGCUUGCUGUCCCGCCUCACGGUGCUGAUGCGACCGGCCGUCGCCCGAUCUCCGUCGUUGGACCGCGGGGAAGGAGGAUUCGGUUAGCUCGACCCAGCUAUCAUAAAUGUCGUCCCCGUUAAUAGGAUAAGGAGGAGUAAGAAAUCAGAUUUGGCAGCGGCGAUAAAUUCGUAUGUAAUUACACGCAUGCGAAUUGCACAUUUGAUCGGGCAGUCGAUCAAUUGAUUAGGCGGUGCGAUCUGGGCCGGCGAAGGCUGGGGGUGAUACCGGCACAGAGCUAUGGCAAUCCUGCUCCUCGUUCUCUCCUUUGCCCUUGCUGAUUUCUUGAAUGGUCUCAAAACGCAGCGGAAAUAAUUAUCCACAUUGCUUAAAGCAGAGCCGAAGACCAAGCUUUUCCUUUCGGAUCACACAGCCACCGGCAGACAUUCCACACAGCCCAGUAGGUUCGCUUAGACGGCGUGCGUCGUAGCUGCGUGUGCGAUCCAGGGAAGAAAGGGGGGCAAGGAGGGCCAGCCCCAGCCGUAUGUUGCCGAGGAACAAAACCCGAGCUGACAGGUCUGGAGAAGCGAGGGUUAUGAUAUAGCCAAGUGGGUCUCCAUGAGCGCCUUUUCCCAGGGCGGAUCGUUGCCGUGAGUCCGACCCUAUCCGCUGUCUUUAACGCGGAGGGGGAAAGUGAGGAGAUCCUGCUAGUCUCGAAGUUUUGAUGCAUAUGAUCACAACCACGAUGAUCUUUAUGAUUCUCGGGGCUUCGGUUGUAAUGGCGAUAGCGUGUUUAAUGGACAUGAACGCGCUACUGGAUCGCUUUCACAACUAUAUCUUACCGCAUUUACGAGGGGAGGACCGCGUCUGUCAUUGCAACUGUGGAAGGCACCAUGUGCACUAUGUGAUCCCAUACGAUGGUGACCAGUCUCUGGUGGACUCCUCGGAGAACUACUUUGUGAGUGACAGUGUGACCAAGCAGGAGAUGGACCUGAUGCUGGGGCUGCUGCUGGGCUUCUGCAUCAGCUGGCUGCUGCUGUGGCUGGACGGGGCCCUGCACUGCGCCGUGAGGGCCUGGAGGAACAGCCGCCAGUACGACACCCUGUCCUGGUCGUGGCUCCCCCGCUUUUGUAAUCUGCGAGAUCUGCGCAGACGUGCGCAGCUGCGGCAGCUUGAGGACUCCAGUGAGAACAUGGUGCACAUCAAGCAGAAGCUCUACCACAAUGGCCACCCUAGCCCCCGUCAUCUCUGAGACUCUGGGCUCUGCGGCUGCGGCUGCCUCCCCGGCUGCCCCGGCGGCCCCUCCCCCUACCCCUCCACCCGCCUCGGCUUGUCCUGUCUGGGCUGUUGCCAUAGAGACCCUCUGCAACAACCAACCUGGAUGCAGUUCAACGGCUAUCAUCCUAACGACCCCCAUUCAAAACUGUUUAGAUAAUUCUUGCUACUAAAAAAAAGAAACCCUUAACCCCUUGUGUUGAUGUUAAUUUUGCUUAGAGGUAGGGGUCGUGUUUUUUUUUUUUUUUUUUUUUUUUUUUGCGAGGGUGGGUUGUGUAAAUGGAGGCAUUUUUGGUAUCUGUCAUUAAAACUGUACAUCUCUGUGAGGAGGAGCUAGUCUGUGAGGUCACUGGGGGGGGGGCUUCUUUUCAGGGUUAGCACAGGGAGGAGUCAUUUUUAAGGCCUCAGGGUGUCCCAGGGUUUCUUAUGCGAUGAUGGAACCGCAGUCCAUGUAAAUAAAGUCAUACAUUUUGAUUUUAAAGGAUGUAAUUGUCAGGAGGAUUGAAAGGGGAGUGAGGACCAGUGAGGUCCAGGCUGGGGGCCAGGGGAGGGUGACCGGCUGAGUAGAGCUCUGAGCGAGAUGACGUCUAAGCUGAUCCGUUUGCUGCGUCCGCCUCCGAUGGGUCGGCUCCAGCGUUUCGGCGCCGCGUUCCGGAACGAGAGCGUGGGUGUGACAUGAUUGUACUGGUGCUCUCUGUCUCUGCUGGCUUCUGAGCAAUAAGCGGGUUCCGGGUCAUGCUGGAGAGGAGAGGAGGCGAGGGUUUGCCUGCAGUAGCCAGUGUACAGAGGCCAUGCCGUGUCUUCCAGCACCUAUUUCCUACUGGACGCCCCCCCCCCACCCCGGCCUUAAGAGAAAAGCUCUGCCCUGGAAAGCUCUUUAUUAGUUGCCCUUGUGAUGUUUCACCCAAAUCACCCAAGCUCUUUGGGGGGAGGUGGGCGGGUGCUCUCUGGUUAGGUAGGGUUGACCACAGAUGGGCCUGGUUUGGAGUAUGUCACGUCCCCUGGCACAUGGAAGGGCAGUAGCUGGGGGGACAUUAGGGGGGUCAGUGAGGGACCACAUGGUGCUGCUCUGUCAGAGGGAAUAAGGGAGACAUAAGUAAGAGAAGGAAACAGGAAGGAUAUAGACCCUAUCUGUUCCGUUACUGGUCUUCCUGCACUGUCUGUACUGUCUGCCUUCCGUGUUUGUCCCUUAAUGAUGAACCACAAAUACAAUCCGGAGAUGAACGUGUUUGCGUUUGGUGGCUCAUUAACUAAUGACUACAUUGGUGAUUAAAGCCCCUGUGAUUUGACGUUUGGAAUACGUUUUAUAUGUUAAAAUUAUGAGCUUGAUAUCAUUGGGAGUUUAAGAAUAUUGAGUUUUUAAACGGUUCGGUUCCUGCGUGGGCUUGGGUGUUUGUGCAUGACUAGCGUCCGCGUGUGUGUGUGCGUGUGUGUGCGCGCGCCAUGGCAACCGUGUGACCAUGCGCGUCCUCAGUCCCAGCACACGUGUAAGGUGUUCGCGUAACCAGAAGUGGGCCGGUGAUCACCAGCCCCCUCCCGUCCCCCCCGCCCUUGCCGUGACCUCGCUCCCUGUCCAGACAUUGCUGUUGUGAAGAUGACAUGUCUGCGUUUUAUUAAA